CUGCUUCUCUAUAUCUUUCUCUUUCUCUCUCGACUAGAAUACCAACGAGCCAUGUCCUGCUUCAAGGGAAAGUAUCACGAUGAACUUGUAGCCAAUGCUGCCUACAUUGGUACCCCCGGGAAGGGAAUCCUAGCCGCAGAUGAAUCAACUGGAACAAUCGGCAAGCGUCUAUCAAGUAUAAAUGUCGAGAACAAUGAGUCCAACAGGCGAGCCCUGCGUGAGCUCCUCUUUUGCGCCCCGGGUGCACUUCAAUAUCUCAGUGGUGUAAUCCUGUUUGAGGAAACCCUUUACCAGAAAACAGUUGGUGAAAAACCCUUUGUUGAUGUCCUCAAGGAAGGAGGGGUCCUCCCUGGGAUCAAAGUGGACAAGGGCACUGUUGAGCUUGCUGGAACUAAUGGUGAGACCACAACUCAGGGUCUUGAUGGUCUUGCCCAGCGCUGCCAGGAGUACUAUGAAGCUGGAGCCCGCUUCGCUAAGUGGCGUGCUGUGCUCAAGAUUGGCCCAAAUGAGCCAUCCCAACUUGCUAUACAUGAGAAUGCCAAUGGCUUGGCUCGCUAUGCUGUCAUUUGCCAGGAGAAUGGCUUGGUACCAAUUGUUGAGCCAGAGAUACUGGUUGAUGGAUCUCAUGACAUUGAGCAGUGCGCAGAUGUGACCGAGCGUGUCCUCGCUGCUUGCUACAAAGCGCUGAAUGAACACCAUGCCAUUCUCGAGGGUACUCUUUUGAAGCCAAACAUGGUUACCCCAGGUUCAGAUGCCAAGAAGGUUUCACCUGAGGUGGUGGCUUAUCAUACCGUAAGGGCAUUGCAGCGAACGGUUCCUCCAGCUGUUCCUGCCGUGGUGUUUCUUUCUGGUGGGCAGAGUGAGGAGGAAGCUACCCUCAACUUGAAUGCUAUGAAUAAGCUAAAUACCAAGAAACCCUGGUCACUUUCGUUCUCUUUUGGCCGGGCUCUGCAGCAAAGCACUCUGAAAUCAUGGGCUGGAAAGGAUGAAAAUGUGGAGAAGGCACGAGUUGCCUUCCUUGGUAGGUGCAAAGCUAAUUCAGAAGCUACUUUGGGUACCUACAAAGGGGAUGCUGCAUUGGGAGAUGGUGCUUCGGAGAGUCUUCAUGUGAAGGAUUACAAGUACUAAAGAUUUUGCGGGUAAAUUUCUG